CCUACCAUUGUUCCACUGACGUUUCCCCCAACAUCUCAGAUCACCGCCUAGUGAAGUGCUUGCUUUCAGUUUCAUUUUCGAACUAGUGGAACCGAGAAGAAUACGACAAGAAACUUUGUUACGAAGGGUUUUCCGACUGCCUUCAACCGGUUGAGGCUCGCAGUUCAGGUCAUUACAGCCAUGGCCUCGGCGUGUCAGUUAUCGCUAUCAGCGAAUGGGCUUAGAUACUCCACCUGCAGCGCGCUGCAGCUUUCGCGAUCCAAGCAAAGUACGUUUUCCGGCGCCAGGCUGAUCGACUGCUCCCUCCUACACCGUCGAGAUCGCGACAGCCGGCGGAGACUCGCGGCGCGAGCGUCUGUUGAAAUGACAGAGGCGGAGAAGGAGGGCUGGCGGAAACGACGGAGCGAGGCGGCGGAGCAGGCGGCACAGAAGGCGGAGGAGGAGGCGGAGGAGGCGGCAGAGGAGGCGAGCACGGACGAGGAGUGGCGGUGGACGCUCAACUGGAACCACAUCUUGCCCAACCUCCUCGUCGGCUCCUGCCCGCGCUCGCCCGGCGACGUCGACCGCAUCGCGGACGAGGCGGGGGCGACGGCGAUCGUGAACCUGCAGUCCGACCUCUGCUUCGACGCGCUGCAGAUUCCGUUUGACAGCAUUCGAUCGCGCGCGGUGGAGCGAGGGGUGUUUCUGGCGCGAGUGCCCAUCCGAGACUUCGACCACGGCGACCAGGCGAUGAUGCUCCCCGAGGCGGUGCGCGUGGUGAACGUGCUGCUGCAGCGCGGCCACACGGUGUACGUGCACUGUACCGCCGGCAUCAACCGCGCGUCGCUCACGUGCGUGGCGUACCUCUACUUCGUGCAGGGGCUGCGCCGCGACGAGGCCGUCACGCUCGUCAAGAACGCGCGCCCCAUCGCGCACCCGUACCUGGACUGCCUGGCGGACGCCAAGCGGCGCCUGCUGGAGGGGCGGCAGGAGGAGAUGACGGCGCUGGCCACGCAGAUCUACGAGCAGCGCAACAACGGCGGCCACCAGGGAUCCGCCACCUCUGAUUGGUCCGCCGCCCAGACCACAGCCAUCGCUGCAUCGUUCCGCAAGUACCUGGAAGUAGACAAUGCGCUGCUCACCAUGGAGGACGACCUGGCAGCGGCGGCAGAGGCGAGGCGGCAGCAGCAGGAGGAGGAGAGUGAGGAGGCGCGGGGCGACGCAGUGGCGGAGGAGAUCGAGCGGCUAAGGGAGGAGCUGCGGCUGCAGCGCGAGGAGAUCCAGCAGCUGCAGGCGGCAGCCAAGCAGUGGAGGCUGCAGAAGCAGCAGGCAGAGGACAUGGUGCAGCUGCUGCAGCAGGAGCUGGAUAUGAAGAACACAGCCGCAGCUGCUGCCGCAGCAGCAGCAGCAGCAGCAGCAACAGCAGCAACAACUGCUGGCAAGGAAGCUGUUAAGACGCAAGUGAGCACCAAUGGAGCUGCCGUGGUGAGCAGUGCGGGCGGGGGGAAUGGGGUUGUUGAGGCCGUGAAAUCAGCGAAGUCAAAAAGUGGCACGGACUCACUCCAUGCAGCGGAAGACCUUGUGUAGACAUCAGCACUUCUGGUGUAUAUGGCAAAUCCGGUGUCAGCCAGUGUGAGCGAGGUACACUAGCAGCAACGGUGGAUGUGCUGUGCUAUAUGAUCUACAUCAUGUCUUACAGAAUGAAGAUGCUUAUUGAAUCCAGCCCAACACUGAAUGUGCUCCAUUCUCACCAACUUGAAAUGGCAAGUGUGUAUUCCAACCAUUUGUCAAUGCUC